AGUGCAUCAGCCACAACCACCGCAUACCACAUACACAAUAAUGAAAUCACGACAAUUACAAGAAGCUGAGGAAUUUUGGGUUCGAUGUGAGCCUUGGCUCAACGAGAGAGGAUAUCGCUUACGAGCUCGAUAUCGUCCAGGAUGGAUAGCCUCCUGGAAGGACCGUAUGAUGGAGCCUAGCAGUUGCGAGGACGGACAAAUGCUGGAAAAUGCAGGAUUCCUUGACGCCGAGAGAAUAUCAGAUGGAAUGGUCGUCUGCUUCAAGAAACUACCUGCCUCUGAUUCUGAAGUAGAAAUGAACCGUAUCUUGUCCGAAAUGGAUGAUGUUCAAGACCCCCGAAACCAUUGCGCUCGUUGCUUCGAAAUUCUCAGUGUACCACGCGAACUCGAGCCGGAAUCGGAUAUAGUUCUUCUUGUUUUACCUUUCUUGACCCGUUGGCAUGAACCAGAGUUCGACACGGUGGGCGAAGCCUUGGAUUUCUUUAAGCAGCUUUGCGAGGGUCUUCAAUUUCUUCACGACCACUACAUAGCACAUAAUGAUAUUAAGUUCAACAACAUAAUGAUGGACUCUCGUCCGCUCUACGACCUUCCAAUACACCCCGCAAAUCCGUUAAUGGCCCGUGAUUGGAGUCGAAAGGUUCGUGUCUUUACGCGUACAGAACGCCCAGUGAAGUAUUACUAUAUCGAUUUUGGGUUAUCCGAGCAACAGCCACAAAAUCGAAAACGUUGCUAUGGUGGAGACAGGACAGUACCAGAGUUCAAGCGAAAUGAACCUGCAGAUCCUUUCACUGUUGACAUUUACCGGUUAGGAAACCUCUUUCGAGAGUGUUUGAUGAGUGGUACACUAUCACCAACAUUAUUCCCAAAACGACGAGGACUAGAAUUCAUGGAUGGCCUGAUUACGGACAUGACCCUUCCUGAUCCCGACAAACGACCUACUAUACAUGAAGUUGUCUCUCGUUUUGGGACACUUCAGAAAGGACUUAAAUGGAAACAAUUACGUGCCCCAUUAAUCGCAUACGAUGAUACACCUCUUGGUGCCCAGCGUUGGGGUCGUCACUGGAGAACACAAAUCUCUUACACUAUCAAAGGCAAACCGGCGAUCCCAACGGCGGCUGGAGGAUAGCUUGCAGUGGGUCGUUUUCAGCUACAUAGCAUGGCAAUUAACCAGGGUCCUUAGCUAUAGAUGAUCAACGGUCCUGUGUUUGUAGAAUAUAAUACCUCCAUCUGACGUCGUAGAUUAUCGGGUCAGUUUAUCGAGAUAUCCAGAAUCAACGCCAACUGACCGUCAACGACGACAAUGGUACCAUUGAUAUACUCAACGGCAGUACAAUUGGCCCAAUAAGCUCCUCCGGAUCCUCCAUUCUUGCCAUCGGAUUUCUACUCGCCCAUAUCUUCCUACACUCCUCAAGACCUUCUCCAGACUCAGUAACGAUGACCGAAACACUUACAUCCAGUACAAACCACCAGUGCUACGGUUACUCUUUGUGAACUCCGGGGUGCGUCACUGGGAUUGAGUGGAUGACAAUUGUUUUGUUCGUUUGUGAGGCAGAUCAAGGAGGCUAUGAAGAAUAACAACGUGAGCUAGACGAUGAAGGCGUCUGACAAGAGCUUUCGGAAGUUGCCGAGGAUGAUGAGCUCAGACCUGCGGCGGGCGUGACUCUCACUUACC